ACAUCCAUCCUAAACCUCUGAACGAACGAAACGACAACCGCAUCCCGUUGGCGGGGAAGGUUGAAGAGAGACGACGUGAUCAACGAUUCACCAAAUCGACGGUGGUGAUUGAUCAAGUGCAGCACCCAUUUUUGCCUGCGAUGAAAGCCGAGGUCAGCGUAAUGCGACAAUCACCAUUUCAUCAACAUCCAUCUUCUGGUUUUUGGUGUUUCAGUCGUCGCACACUCCCGUAGCUCAUCACAGUAUCAUACCUCCCUAAUUUCUCUCUCUCUCUCUCUCUCUCUCUCUCUCUCUCUCUCCAAUUUCGUUCGUCGCUCCUCAUUCGUGGCCGUUUCCCUCUUUUGAUUUCUCCUUGUCCGUUCUCUUCUGUGCCUGCCCCCAUGGCCUCCUCCUCUUCCUCUUUGUUCUUCUCUUCUCUCUGUCUCUGCCGAUCCCAAUCCACGUUGUUUUCUCUCAAGUAGUCUUAGUCGUUUCCUUCUCUCUCUGUACCCCUUCCAUGGAUUCUCGAACAACUUUCUCAGACUCCAAUGAUAACAACAGUGGGAGCAGCAGUAUCAGCUUCGUCUCCAACACCGAGACCUUGUCCCCGGAAAUCUCUGCCCCUGACGUCACGGCCCUUAGACGUCUUUCUGAAAACCUAGAAUCCAUAUUUGAAUCCCGUGAUUUCGAUUUCUGCAGCGACGCCACGAUCGUAGUUGACGCUGGCCGCGAAGUUCCUGUUCACCGCUGCAUUCUCUCCGCUCGAAGUCCUUUCUUUAAGACCGUUUUCUCUCGUUCUGCGGGCAAAGAUGGUGGUACCAAGUUCGAACUGAAGGAAUUGACCAAAGAUUUCGAAGUCGGCUUCAACUCCUUUGUCACGGUUUUAGCUUAUUUGUACGGUGGAAAGAUCAAGCCAUCACCUAAAGAUGUUUGUGUCUGCGUCGACGACAACUGCUCACAUAUCGGAUGUCGACCAGCUGUGGAUUUCAUGGUGGAAGUACUCUAUGCCUCUUUCACCUUUCAGAUUUCUGAACUGGUGGCUCUUUAUCAGCGGCACCUACUUGGCAUUCUCAACAAGGUGGCAGCAGAUGACAUCUUGGUGGUAUUAUCGGUUGCAUAUAUGUGUGAUAGAGCUUGUCAGAAAUUGAUGACAAAGUGUAUUGAGAUUAUAGUCAAGUCUGAUACUGAUAUUGUAACUCUUGAAAAGACUUUGCCCCAUGAUGUUGUUAAGCAAAUCGUGGAUUCACGUAUUGAACUAGGUUUGGAUGGCAAUGGUGGCAACAUUUUCCCGGAUAAACAUGUGAAAAGGAUACAUAGAGCUCUAGAUUCUGAUGAUGUUGAAUUAGUAAGGAUGUUGCUGAAAGAGGGGCAUACUACACUUGAUGAUGCAUAUGCUCUACACUAUGCCGUGGGAUAUUGUGAUGCAAAAACUACCACAGACCUUCUGGAUCUUGGACUUGCUGAUGUUAACCAUAAGAACCCAAGGGGAUUCACUGUGCUCCAUGUUGCUGCAAUGCGGAAAGAACCUAAAAUUAUAGUAUCUCUCCUGACAAAGGGUGCCCGACCAUCUGACCUCACACCAGAUGGAAGAAAAGCACUUCAAAUCUCAAAAAGACUCACCAAAUCUAUGGAUUACUUAAAGUCCACUGAAGAAGGAAAGGCCUCUCCUAAAGAUAGGUUAUGCAUAGAGAUACUGGAGCAAGCAGAGAGAAGAGAUCCAUUAUUAGGGGAAGCUUCAGUUUCGCUUGCAAAGGCAGGUGAUGAUCUGCGGAUGAGAUUGUUGUACCUUGAAAAUAGAGUUGCUCUGGCAAAGCUUUUAUUUCCCAUGGAAGCACAAGUUGCCAUGGACAUUGCACAUGUGGAUGGCACUACGGAGUUCCCAUUAACUAUCAAUUCCAGAAACUCACCUGCUGGCCAGAGGGCGAUGAACUUGAAUGAAGCACCUUUCAAGAUUGAAGAGGAGCAUCUAAAUAGGCUGAGAGCACUCUCUAAGACUGUGGAGCUCGGGAAACGUUUCUUUCCUCGUUGCUCAGAGGUGCUCAACAACAUUAUGGAUGCUGAUGAUUUAUCGGAGCUCGCAUACCUUGGAAAUGACACGCCAGAAGAACGUCAACAGAAGAAGAGGAGGUACACGGAGCUCCAGGAGACACUAAGUAAAGCAUUCGAUGAAGACAAAGAGGCGUUCAAUAGGUCCACCGUAUCAUCUUCAUGCUCAUCCACUUCUAUAGGAAUGGGGAGGUCCAACAACAGGCACGUCACAAAGAAAUAAGUUAAAGAGAAAACGCCCAUCCAUCUUUUUUUGUUCCCUGUAAUCAUUCUUUUGCUUUCUCCCUGUUUUGCACACGCUUUCUCUGUAACAUAUUUUAACAUUCCUUUUGGACAUCACCAUGUUUAACGAAAGGAGUUUUGUUUUCCCAUGUUCACCUUAUUUAUAAAUGUUUUUUUUUUCUUUUUGUU